AUGUCAUCUUAUUAGGGAUUUUCUUUCUAUUUCUCAAGUAUUCAUCGCAUGUAUUGCCAUUUUAACGGCCGAAAUUGUUGACAGUUGUUAAGACUGAGGCCAUACAAUGGAGAUAAUUUCCCUCCAUUACAUGAUAAUUGAAUAAAUUAGAGCUACAUGGGCUCGAGUGUGGUUGCCUCUUUUAAAUUUACGCUAAAGCAAGACUCUUUUAGCAACACCAAGAGUUGAUAAACAUUAGGCACUUGGCUAUUCAUCAAAAAGAAAAACAAAAGAAAGACUUGGUUAUAUAUGGAAAUUCAUUUCCAAACAGCACAGAUUUUCCAUCGCUAAUUUCCUGUGAACACAAAAGGAGGAUCGAAGUCUGGCAACCAAAAAUCUUGACCACAUUUUAAUGAUAUUUUUCCUUUACUGUUGCACUUAUAAUUGGUUCUAUAUUCUCCCCCACAGAAAUUAGUGAAAGCUGAAGAUGAUUGGAUAUUCGUCCCCUGCUGAAUAUGGAGUCUUAGCUGAUUUGAGCCUCUCUUUGGCAGAGUACUCGGUUUUUGGCUCCAUGUUGGCUGUUGGAGGAAUAGUUGGUGCAUUGAUGAGCGGGAAGACAGCCGAUUACUUUGGCCAUAGAACUACAAUGUGGAUCAUCAAUGUCUUCUUCAUCUUAGGGUGGCUUGCAAUAGCAUUCACUAAGGUUUCUUGGUUGCUUGACCUUGGAAGACUACUGCAAGGAAUUGGAAUUGCUCUUACUUCUUAUGUGGGAAAUAUUUUUAUUGCAGAAAUAACACCCAAGAAUCUUAGAGGAGGACUUAUGACAUUCAAUCCGUGGAUGACUGGUUCUGGAGUAGCAAUUGUAUAUCUUAUUGGUUCGGUUGUAAAAUGGCGUGGACUGGCUCUAAUAGGAAGCAUUCCAUGUCUCCUACAGAUUCUUUGUCUAUUCUUCAUCCCAGAGUCCCCCAGAUGGCUGGUAAAGAAUGGUCGUGAAAAGGAGUUUGAAGGUGUUUUGCAGCGUCUUAGAGGAAAGAAAGCUGACAUUUCUCCAGAAGCAGCCGAGAUCAAAGAAUAUGCAGAAUUUAUUCAACUUCUCUCAGAGAAUAAAAUUCUGGACUUGUUUCAGAAGAAGUAUGCUCGACCAAUCAUUGUUGCAGUUGGGCUGAUGGCACUCACACAAUUUUCAGGGUUACCUGGCUAUACAUUUUACAUGACUAAUCUUUUUGUUUUGGCUGGUAUUUCAUCUAAACCUGGAUAUGUAACAUUGGCCAUCGUAAAGAUUCUGUCAACCACUAUGGCUAUAUUCUUAAUUGACAAAUUCGGAAGGCGGACGCUUUUGAUGGUUUCUGCAGCUGGGACUUGUUUGGGUUCUUUGCUUACCGGAUUCUCACUCUCGUUGCAGCAGGACCAUCACUAUUGGAUAUCUUCAUUAGCACUCAUGGGAGUGUCGGUUUAUUUCAUAUCUUUCAAUCUAGGCAUUUCAGGAAUACCAUGGAUUAUAGUGUCUGAGAUAUUCCCAGUAAAUGUGAAGGGAUCAGCUGGAAGCCUUUGCAAUUUAAUAUAUUGGUUCUCUAGUUGGGUUGUUUCUUACACCUUCAACUUUCUAUUGGAAUGGAGCUCUACAGGAACGUUCAUCAUAUUUGCAGGUGUUUCUGUGUUCGGUUUUUUAUUCACAGUAAUGCUGGUGCCGGAGACUAAAGGAAGGUCACUAGAAGAAAUACAGGCAUCAGUGACUAAUGUUUUGCAUUAAAGAAAUGCCAAGCUUUCGUUGUUUAAUGAAAAUUAUUAGAAAAUCCUACCAUCAUUUGUUGAAGUUAGGCAACAGAUGUGAUUUAUAGAUUUUAGUAUCAGCCACAUCUGUGCUGUCAUUAAUUCUUGCAUGGAUUGAGCAACAUCAUAUGAAACCAAUGAAUUUAUUUGUUUAAAGAGAAAAAGAAUAAAUAAAUUCCAAAACUUGUGACA